CGCGGUAAACCCGCGGGAUUUUUCGGCGGGAAACAAAUAAAUGUAAAAAGGAGAAAAGCAUCGAGAUUUAUGCUUGCACAAAACACGCGAAUAAAAGAGCACCGCCCACUUCUAGUGUUUUCUUUUGUGGGGCGAACAAAGAGACGUAACGGUUGACAGGAAUCGGGUAACGCGAAUCGGGAAUCGGUGUUGGUAUCGGGAAUAUACUAAAAAACGGAUGAACAAGGAAAGCCUUUCCUUUGUGCAGCCACUGCGUGCUAAUUAAUUGUGUUUUUGUGGCCAAGUGGCAUUCUAUAGUGUGCAUUCUAUACACAUCAAAUUUAAAUUCUAUCCAGCCCAACCCAACUCAACGCCCCCUGCUCCUUGUUUUCCCAUCAUUCGUAUGCGUCAUAUGUAAAAGAGCGCAAAAGGGCGGAAGGCACAGAGAGAAAGGAAAGCCAAGGAAAGAAGCAGUGGCCACAACAAAGCGGCAGGCACAAAAAAAAACGCCAGAACAAGAAGCGCCAAACGGAAAAACGGGAGGACCCCCCGCCCAAUCUCCACCGCUCCCCGCCACAACCCACCACUCCUUCCGUUGUUUUUGUUGCUGCUGCAGCUGUAUUUAUGCUGCCGGCUAUUCGUGUGAGUGCCGCCAAUGCGCAUGUGUGUCUGUGUCAACCCCCGCGGCCGAGGCAACAACAAUAGCAACAACAGCAGCGAAUCUAAAACAAAAGUGAAAAGUUCAAUUCCCAGCUUAGCACUACGAAUUGUUAGUCCACCACAUCGGUUAAUUAAGCCUCGAACAAAGAAUAAAGAAAAAUACAUAGUUGUGUCCCAACUGAUCGAGGAAUAGUACCGUGUCCAAGUGUUUUCGUAGCGCGAGCGAAAGAGAGCGGCGAAAUGUGUUCCAAAUAUGUUCUCGCCACCCUGCUCGCACUCUUUGCGCACUCCAUGUGCAUCCAGGAGCUGUCCCUCCCACCCGAAGGAUCUCCGCCCACCGCUGAACUGCUGGACAUGCAGGCGACCAGGCCCAAGAAGGCAAAAAACGCUAUCUCCGAGGAUAUAAUGUACAAUUACCUCAUGCAGUUUGAUUAUCUGCCCAAGUCGGACCUGGAAACGGGUGCUCUGCGCACCGAGGACCAGCUGAAAGAUGCAAUCCGGAGUCUCCAGUCUUUUGGCAACAUUACAGUUACUGGCGAAAUCGACUCGGCAACGGCCCGGCUAAUACAGAAACGACGGUGCGGCGUGGGCGACAGAAGGUCCGCGGACAGCUUCUCGCCAGAUAACCUGUAUCACGAAAUCGGCUCCAAUGUGCGGGUGCGGCGCUUUGCCCUGCAGGGACCCAAGUGGUCCAAGAUGGAUCUUACGUGGAGCAUGGUCAACAGGUCGAUGCCCGAUGCCUCCAAAGUUGAGAGAAUGGUGCAGAGCGCCCUGGACGUUUGGGCGAACCACUCGAAGCUGACUUUCCGCGAGGUAUACAGCGACCAGGCCGACAUCCAGAUACUCUUUGCACGGCGCGCGCACGGCGAUGGCUAUAAAUUCGAUGGACCUGGUCAGGUGCUGGCCCACGCCUUCUAUCCCGGCGAGGGGCGUGGCGGAGAUGCUCAUUUCGAUGCGGACGAGACGUGGAACUUUGACGGCGAAUCCGAUGAUAGCCAUGGAACCAAUUUUUUUAACGUGGCCCUGCACGAACUGGGUCAUUCGCUGGGACUGGCCCACUCCGCGAUCCCGGAUGCGGUCAUGUUUCCAUGGUACCAGAAUAACGAGGUGGCGGGCAAGCUGCCCGACGACGAUCGCUACGGCAUCCAGCAGUUGUACGGCACCAAGGAGAAGACCUGGGGGCCCUACAAACCACAAACCACAACAACCACAACCACGACGACCAUGCGCGCGAUGAUUUACCGGGCAGAUAAGCCGACCUACUGGCCCUGGAACAAUCCCAGCAACAAUCCCAACAAUGAACGGAAUCGUGCCAGGGAGCGCCAGGAGAGGGAGCGUCAGCGCCAGGAGGAGGAGCGGCGGCUCCAGGAGAAGGAGCGGCGGCGCCAGGAGGAGGAACGGCGGCGACAGGAGGAGGAGCGGUGGCGUCAGGAGCAGGAGCGACAAGAGCACGAGCGCCAAGAGCAGGAGCGACAAGAGCAGGAGAAUCGUCGGCGCGAAAAUGAACAUAAAAGCCAGUGGGAGAGGAAUCCCAACAAGGAACGUAAUCGUCCCAGGGAGCGCCAGGAGAAUGAACGGAGGCGUCAGGAGCAGGAGCGACAAGAGCAGGAGAGACAGGAGCAGGAGGAUCGUCGGCGCGAAAGAGAACGUGAUCGGCAGUUGGAGUGGGAACGUAGGAAUAGGAAUGGAGUUCGGGAACCAGUUACUCCCACGGCCAGAACCACCCCGAGACCCACCAGCAAGCCAUACCCCACGGUUCACCGGCAGCACCACCACCAUAACAAGCCGCGGAAACCCAAGCCGGACUCCUGUAUGACCUACUACGAUGCCAUCUCGAUGAUCCGCGGUGAACUGUUCAUCUUUCGGGGACCGUACCUGUGGCGCAUUGGAACUUCUGGUCUGUAUCCCGGCUAUCCCACGGAGACCAGGAGACAUUGGUCCGCUCUGCCCGAAAAUCUCACCAAGGUGGAUGCUGUAUACGAAAACAAGCAGCGACAGAUUGUCUUCUUCAUAGGUCGCGAGUAUUAUGUAUUCAACUCGGUGACGCUAGCUCCCGGCUUCCCGAAACCACUUGCCAGUCUGGGUCUGCCGCCCACUUUGACCCACAUCGAUGCCUCCUUCGUGUGGGGCCACAACAACCGCACCUACAUGACCAGCGGCACACUGUACUGGCGCAUCGACGACUACACGGGUCAGGUGGAAUUGGAUUACCCGCGCGACAUGAGCAUCUGGUCGGGAGUGGGCUACAACAUUGACGCGGCAUUCCAGUACUCGGAUGGCAAGACGUACUUCUUUAAGAACCUGGGAUACUGGGAGUUCAACGACGACCGCAUGAAGGUGGCCCAUGCCAGGGCUAAGCUCUCGGCACGAAAGUGGAUGCAGUGCGCCCGCAGUGCUAACGAGGUGGACGACGAGCAGCGCUGGACGGCGUCCUUGGUAUCCGGGGAGAACGAGGGCGAGGAAACGGGGAGAAGCGGCUCCAGGGAGCUAAGGAUCAACCACUUCCUUCUUCCGAUCCUUUUGCUAGCCAUCGCCACCUGGCGGAGUUAAGAUUGAAUGUGGAGCGUAGCCUAAGAAAUGUCUAGAACUAGGAGAGAUGGUUUUUGUAACCAAAAAUUAAAGAAGCAUAUUGGUCUGUUAUGAUCUAAUUCAUCAAGGAGCUUGCGAAGUAAAAAACUGCAAAGCUGCAAAUUACUUAGGCAAAAAAAGUGAAACUUAAAUGUAAGCUUGGCCAAUUUUAAAUUGGAAAUCGAAAAGUGUUUACGAUUUAGUUGUAAAUUGUAGCGGCCUGAGCAGAUCUUUAAUAGCAUCUAUACUGCAGAGCGCCACUGUGUGACAGUCUGGCGCUUCAAUGCCCCCAAAGACGACACCGAGCGGCCUUUCCUUAGGUUUAAGGCAAAUAAAUCAACACACCAGUGAAAGUCGCACAUAGAUGACAAAUCUGCGACUUCAAACUGACCGAUUUAUUCAUGGACACUUGCCAAUUGGGCACACUGGCGCCAUCUAUUGGACAAAUAGCAGGGCUGUUUUACCAGAUCUAUACAUAUACAUAUACCGUACAUAUAGGAUAAGUGCACAAGACUAUAAGGUAACUCGUAGUCUACUCAAACGUAGAAACAAAUAUGUUCUAUUUGUACACAGAAAGCAUCGAAAUUCCAAUGUUGAAAUUCGAGACCACUACUGCCUUAUGAA